AUGCAAAUUAUAGCCAACGUUGAGUUUUCGGUGAAGAGAAGAUCAAUAGCUCUCAAUUCUGUUUCNCAACUGGUGGUUCUCCAUGAACACCAAGUUUUGGAUCAUCUAGCACAAGUACUCGCGGAUCCUGCAUGGCACAAUUUAUCCAUCCUGAUUGUACAAUAUAAGGCAGCAGAGGCUUUGGGUAAUUUUGCCCGUCGUUCAACAAGGUGGAGGGACCUUGUUAUUGAUACUGCUCCUCUCAUCCCAUUAUUUCAACUUCUACAUAGGCUAUCACGUGAGGCCACUUCUAUUAACACGUCAUCAGCUAUCAGAGCAUCCAGGACAAUAGGAAACUUAUGUUUUGGAAGUCCACCCCCAUCAUUUGAUAAGUUGAGGCCAUCAUUACCGGUCCUCCGGUAUCUCAUUGAUCUGGAGCUUCGUAUAGAAGAAGAAGCAAUCCCUGUUCUUAAGCAUGCUUGCUUAAUUAUUGCAUGUCUUGCACGAGGUGGAUUUGAUCCUAUAAAUGCGCUGAUUGAGCAAAAUAUGUGCCCAAGGCUGGUGAUGCUUUUGGCUGAGGUAGUAGCAAAUGUGCUGAAGAUUGUGGAGAACUUCUUUAGGAGUGGAACUGAUAAUCAAAUUCAGGUUCUACAUGGCAACCAAGUUCUUCAGCGUCUUUUAAAUAUCCUGAACAAUCAUGACAACCGACCUUUAACUUUGAGGAGUGUUUGUCGUGCCAUCGCAAACAUAGUGAGCUACCGGAGCAGUCAAAUACAGAGGAUGGUAGAUGCAGCUAUCUUCCCUCCUAUUAUUCAAAUUGCGAUUAACCAAGAGGUUGAUGAUAUCAAAUAUGAGGCUGUAUAUGCUAUCUCAAGUGCUGCCAGGAGAGGAUCUCAAGACCAGAUUAGGUACUUAGUCGGCCAAGGUUCCAUUGAAGCACUUUCUUUGGGUCUUUUAUGUGAAGGAUACACAAGAAGAACUUCUUGUUUCCAGGGGCUCCUAAAUAUUUUGAGGGUGGGAGAGGUUGACAAAGUUGAUGGUGUAAAUCCUUACGCAGAGAUGGUCACUAACAGUGGUGGACUUGCUAGGAUCCAGAGCCAAAUGGAUGAUCCGGACGUUGGAGAAAUCGCAAGAAAGAUGCUGAGGUUGUGCUGGCCUAGGGAGCUCUGA